AUGAACUGUCUUACGAGUACAGAUUUAGUUACAGAGUUUGAUUUAGAGUUACAGAGUCAGUAUUUAGAGUUACAGAGACAGGAUGUAGAAUUACAGAGUCAGUAUUUAGAGCUACAGAGACAGGAUUUAGAGCUACAGAGACAUGAUUUAGAAUUACAGAAGUUACAGAGAAAGGAUGUAGAAUUACAGAGUCAGUAUUUAGAAAUAUACAGCAAGUUUUUAGAGUUACAGAGUCAGGAUUUAGAGUUACAGAGUCAGCAUUCAGCAUUUAGUCAAUAUUUGUUACAGAGACAUGAUGUAGAGUUACAGAGACAGGAUGUAGAAUUACAGUGUCAGUAUUCAGAGUUACAGAAGUUACAGAGACAUGAUGUAAAGUUACAGAGUCAGUAUUUAGAGCUAAAGAGUCAGUAUAUAGAGUUACAGAGUCAGGAUUUAGAGUUACAGAGUCAGUGUUUAGAGGUACAGAGUCAGUAUUAA